AACACCACCCGUGCCCGUCAUCAUCAACAUCGUCGUCAUCGUCGUCGUGUUAAUUUUGGUAUCGCCCUGUGCGGUUGUCGUGGGCUGAACCCGGCCAGGUCACGCGUGCGGAUUAAGACGUGAACGCACGCGAUGCGAGCGGGCUCCCAGCGGGUGGACUCGAGCGUCAUCGUUGUUUCAUAAUCACGAUGGCCAUCGAUCUGCACACUGAUUAACCGCCCACAUGUCUGUGGGAGAGCAAACUUAUCAUGACGAGAGUUCAGAUCCUGGUUGGGGAUUGACUUUGAGCCGCUCGAGGUUGAUAGAGUACUGCUUUGUGGGGAAUUCUACAGUGGUUGUCCAACGGAUAGACCUGUCCCUGUCAUAGAAAUGUGGAACUCAAAUCACUGGCCCAAGGAUGUUUGUAGGGGACUCGUACCAACCCAAUAUUCCUGCACCGAUUUGAGCAGUUAAUAAUUUUCACUUUAAUCGAUUCAUGUUAAUCAUCAUCACGAUCGUCAUUAUCACACUCAAUAAAUUAUUAAUCAUUAAUCGAUUACUCUAUGCAUCCUUCACCUGUACAUUUGGUGUUGUACAGUACUGUAUGGUUUACACAGACCCACACUCUCACAUUUACGAAUCGCGUUUCACGUGUUCGUCACCCCCCCCCCCCCGACAACUCCCUCGCGUGCACGCGGGCUACCGUAGUCACGUGGUGCACUGUGGGAGUCGGCGGGAAACUCAAGUCGCUGUUCCGAUCCCGAAAACUCAUUCCUCCCGUUACUUUCAUUCUUUUAGUCACUCUCAUUCCUCCCGCCACUCUCAUUCCUCCCGUCACUCUCAUUCCUCCCGUUCGUCCCGUUCCCUGCGGUCAAGGCGGCGAUGGAGCGACCAGCGGCUCAAGGCAGCAGCAGCAGGGCGAGGUGGCCGGGUCUGCUGCCCCGUCGCCACCGAGACGGUGGCCAGGCUCUGGCGCCCGAGCUGACGGGGACGGCGCCGCGAGCCGCCGCGUCGGGCGCAGACUUCCCGGAGCUCGAGCCACUGCUGCUCCUCGCGGGCACGGAGCCCGAGGUCUCGAGGCUGCUGCUGGACGUCUCCCGGGCCGCGGGGAGCCUCGCGCGGCGCGUGGCGCUCGGGCGCAGCGUGCAGGAGGCUGAGAAGGAGAUGAAUUCCCACAAGGUGGCCUGGCUCAAGGGGAAGGUGCUGUAUGAUGAGAUCCAGGAUAUUUUGCGUGACCUCAAAAUGCGGAUUGGGAACAACGUUGCCACCUCCGAGGACAAAUGCUUUUUCCAGACACUGGAGCAGUGCCUCUUCGUCACGGAGAGCAUCGGUCUGCUCGGGACGGACUCCGACAGAGAGGACAAGCCGCCCCUGCUGAGGCUGCACCGCGACGACCUCCGCCAGCUGCUGCCCAAUGCUCAGGAGCAGAAUAAGAUGAAGGACAGGCUGGCCCAGGAGUUGGAGCAGAAGUUGAACCAGAAGUGUUUGUCUCUCUACUACUACUUCAGUCCAGAGAAGGCGCAGGGGGACGCGGAGAGCGAUGCACUGCGCCUGGCCAAGGCGUGCCGCUUGCACGAGCUGGUGCGUGCCGAGCAGCAGGCCGUGCAAGGCGGCGCCGCUCGGCUGUGCGAGCUGCGGAUCGCGCACGAUACUCACGUCAGCACCCACCUCAAGACGCUGCAGGCCUCCACGGCGGUGCUGGAGAAAAUGCUGCAAGACCACCGCCUGUCGCGUCAGGCCGAGAGUGACGCCGUGAAGGUGGCCUACCUGCAGGCCAAGCACAAGACCAUGUGCCUCAAGCUGCGGCUCGAGGAACUGAAUAUUCUGUGUGAUACAUACACCCUCGACAAGGUGCAGGCCCACAAGAUCAUCAAGAGAGAGCUGGAGGCCGCCAUGGCCACACAGAAGAAGGAGCAGGCACGGGUGAGCGGUGAGCUGGCCGCGUACGGGACGCUGGGGCCCGAUUUCGAGCGGCUCGUGCAGGAGUACACGCAGCUGCGCGAUGCCAUCGACAACAAGAAGUGGGCGCUCCGGGAGUUCAGGAAGAACGCGGCGUGACCAAGGCGGCCGUGGCCUGGGCCCCGAGCCAUCGCGGCGAGCAAGGAGGGGGGGCCGGCGACGCGAAGUCGGUGCUGCCGCUUGCGGCUCGUACCGUCGACGCAGCAGCGUGACUCCCGAGAGCUGAACCAUGCGACGGAGCGUGGGCGACCAAACGCAGACUUCGCGAUCAUCCACUUGGACUGCCUCACCCACCGAGGCUGCUCGCUCUUCAGCUGCUCAAUCCCCUCAUAAUCGGUCAUGAUCAAUGUGCACUGCAGAUUCACCAUCAUCAGCCAUUAUAUCAAUCUCUGCAGCGCAGUCAUCCCCUUCAAACACGUUCUUAACCUCCCACUGCAUAAUUUCACCACAGAGCAAUGGGCAUGGCUAUCGAGUGUACAGGCAAUGCAAUUGCACCGUAUCCCACAGGCUGUAGGGGCCUAGGAUCCAGGCCUCGAGGAGGGGUUUGGAAGGCAGACAUGGGGGAAGGGAUGUGCAUUUACUGUUUUGUACCAGGACCAGUGCCUGCCACACGACACCACUGAUGCCACCUCUUCAGCAGCAGGCUUGGGCAAAUGUAAGCCAAGUGUGCGUCUUUUCUCUGUAACAUAACACCAUUAGUGAAGAAAUACAUUGUGCUUUUUUAUUUUGUUCUGAUUCCAUGUUGCUCUGUGGGUUAAAAAUGGCACGACUGCGUACAUCUGUAAGGUGUCUCAAAUAAAUUCGAAAGAUGUCUGAA